ACUCCUUCGAUUCUAUUGUCUCACUCUCUCAUUUCUCUCUCAAAAAACACGCUCUCAAUUUUCUCACCCAGAAACCCUAGAAAAUGGCGUCUUCAUCGUCUUCUACCCCCGUUUCUUCCUCCACGGAAGUUCCGAUUGAAUUUUUGGCUCCCGUGGAAGAUGCAGAAGAACGUCCCUUUAUUGGUCCUCUUCAAAUUCCGGUGGUCAAUGUUGAAGCGGCCCCUGGCGCACAAGAACUUCCCUUUAUCGGUCCUAUUCAAGCUUUGGUCGAUGUUGAAGCCGCAGGUGCACAAGAACAAGCUCCGGAAGCUUUGGUCAACGAUGAAGCGGCAGGUGCACAAGAACAAGCUCCGGCGGCUCCCGGGGAAGCUGCACAAGAACUCCCCUUUAUGGGUCCUUUUCAAGGUCCGGUUAAUAACGAUGACAUCAGCAAAUUUAAUCUAAAAGAGUGCAAAAAGAGGCUAUCCAUAGAUGGGUUUGCCCUGCGCAGAUUACUCGUUGACGAAUCUUGGUGCCAAGUUUUAGAUCAAGAAAUGGAAAAGCCUUAUUUUACAACAUUGUGUGAUUCUUUACAAGCUGAUAAUAGGGUUUUCUGUCCCCCUAGGAUUGAUAUUUUCAGGGCGUUCAACUAUACGCCUUUUCAGUCCGUAAAAGUCGUUCUAUUGGGUCAGAAGAAGCCAUAUGCUUACAAGGGAUGGGCCACGGGGUUGGGAUACUCCGUUCCUCCUAAAGUGAAAGUUAGAAAGUUCCCACCAGAAUUACAAAACAUUUUUAGUGAAGUCGUUGAUGAAUUCGGUGGCACCUUUCCAACGAAAGGAAGUUUGGAGAAGUGGGCUUUGCAAGGUGUUCUAAUGCUGCCACUAUCAUCUCUUACAGUCAUUGAGAAUAGACCCACUUCCCAUUCAGACUUGGGCUGGGAGCAAUUUCUGAACCGGGUUAUCAGUUUUAUCUCGGAUCUAAAGACCAAUGUAGUGUUCAUGCUGUGGGGCAAAGACGCAGAGGAAAAAAUCAGGUUAAUCGAUCCUGCCAAACAUUGCAUUUUAAAGGCUGCUAGCCCUUCUAAUUUAUCUGCAGAUAGAGGUUUUUUUGGAUGCAGAAAUUUUAGGCUGUGUAAUGAUUACCUGCAGAGAAAUGGUAUUUACCCCAUUGACUGGAAGCUAUGACACAAACACAGGCACAUCACCUGUCAUUAGAAGGAUUUAGGCACAACACACUAUUCUAGUUUCACCAACUUUGUAAAAAAAGACAUUUUAGCACUGCUGUAUUUUCACUGCACAAGUUUAUUCUUCUUAUCUCUGUUAAGAUUCAGGCACAACAACAUAUGCCCGACUUCUGUUUUACAUAUGUCACUGACUAUUGUUUUACAUACGACACUUUUGGACUUUUGGUUAACGGUACUGUUUUAGGACUAAGUUGUUGGUUUAUUCUUUAUUCGGUGAUUUUUAGGUGCUAGUAUUAGAUUUGAUGAGAUUCUUGUACGAAACACCGGACACACGACACUGACACGUCGACACCAGUCAUAAUUUGGAAAAAUGAAUAAGUUAAACAUAAUCACAAGUGUUGGUUUUAGAGACUGGCGGUGACACUUACAUGUCGACACUAGUCAUAAUUUGAAAAAUUGAAUAAAUUAAACGAAAUCACAAGUGUUGGUUUCCGAGACAGACACUGACACAUUCACACCUUUUUUUAGGUGCCUGUGCUACAUAGUGAGUUAUUAUUAUUAUUAUUAUGAAUUUGAUGAUUUGCUGUGUUUGACCAGGUGGUUUAAACAUUGAAUUAUUAGUUGAUUUAGGUGAAGAUGUUGUUUGUAUAGUUGGAAACUUUGUCUCCUAUUAGUAUUACUGUCUUUUGGAUUUUACUUUAUUGUUUCACGAUAUGCUAUUUAGUACAAAAUGUUGUCCAGUAGACACUAAUAUCACUAUUGUGUAGUGGGAUUGUAACAAUCUGCUAUUUUCUGCUAACCAUAAUUGACAAUAUUGGUCUUAUGAGGUCUACGGUGGACCGAUGAUUGAAAACCAUUUCAAAACUUUGAAGUCGGUUGAAAUCGUCACUUUUAAGUAGAAGUUUAGCGCGUUUCACGUGCUUAUGACUGAAGAAAGAGUGGCCUUAUCAGUGUUGAUUCUGUAUUUUUUUUUGUUUUUGCUGAGCUGACACCCAACUAGGUCACUGUCAUAGUUGUUAGGGUGAAGAGUACCACAUGCUUCUUCUUACGGAGAGCUGCAAGGAUUGUUGUUAGUUUCACGCAAUUUUUACUCAUUGUUCCAACAUAAACCACAUGCGACCCUUAUCUUCCCUAGAAGCCGCCUUUGAUUUGAUGUUUGUAGAAUUAUUUAAGCUAAUAUUAGUCAAUGACGAAGUACCGAAAGUUAAAGGGCAAAUAAUGAGGGGUAUAUUGAAUCUGAAUCUGGUUCCUCCGAAAUUAUUUGAAAGAGUUCUUCAGAUGGGGAAAAUCAUGUUAUUCUGUUUCUGCAUUUUCCAUUCUGUUUGUGAGAGUUCAGAAUUUUCCUUUGUCGAAUAUAGAUGAUAUCUGUUUAUAUGGUGAAAAGAGACAGAAUUUCCCUUUGUUGCUUGCAUAGCAGGGUCCGAAGUAGAGGAUUAGGACUCAAAACUGUUAGUAGCCAAUUGAAGGAAUAUAUUGUAAUAAACAGGUAUUUGAGGGAGUAAAUAGAAAUUGCUCAAUAGAUGAUUAAUUGUAAUAAUGAGAGAAUAAAUAAGGCCCAUCUCAUAGAUGAUAAAUUUUAUUUGACAUGAGAAAAUAUAUAGGGGCCAUCCUCAUGCAUUUGAUCAUAAUUGAUUGGAAAGAAUAAAUAGGAAGAAAAAAAAAGUUGGUAAGCAAGUGUUUUAUGAAGUUGGAUUUUACUACCAGCUAUGACUUGAAAACAAAAUUUUUCCACACCAACCAAAAAAACAUGUCUGUUACAGCGUGUUACUGGAUCCUUAAUUUCCACCUUGGCUAGGUUUUCUAUACAAUAUGGGGGGAUUGAUACUUGUAGGAUGGUUAUUCUUGAUUGAUCAUUUUUUAUGAAUGUUUGAGAAAGAGUGUAACUUCAACUGUAUCUUAGGAGACCGACACUUUUGUGAAGCUCCAAAAUAAGCCUUAUGUGACUGUGUAACGUGUACAAGACUUUUCGCCCAAGACUAAUGUUGACAGUAAAGAUCAAUUGGCAACCAACAAUAGUUUUGGUAGAAGGUAAAGGGGCAAAAUCCUAAGGUUGAGAGCGUCAAUAUUUUAUGCUAGCAAUCUGUUAGUCAUAGCAAGUUGACAAAUCUUAAUGAGGUAUGGAAACAGCUGAGUAUCUCACUGAAGUAAACAAUAACUUAAUGAAUCCUUUAUUAGCUCAAACACAUUGUCAUCUUUUGAAUUAUAGUAAUAAUGCUAUUAAAAAUAGUGUAAAUAGGUUAAUUUUGUCAGGUUCUAUGUAAUUGCAACUAGAAUAUCGCACCUGUCAUGUAUGAUUUUUGUCUUCUUACAAUAGACUUUUUUCCAGAGCUCCCUUAAUAUAUCUUGGAAUGUGAGUUGCAAUUUUGUUAGUGAUAAUUUGAUCUUUUGGUAAAGGGAGAAGCAUAAUGCUAUUGAGCGAUAGCCUCAAACCACCUAUGAACUUAUUUGGCUCAAACAUUUCCUUAAAGAAUUGAGGUUCCCUUGUAAAUUUUAAUGAUCAAUUGGGAGGUGUUUUUAUUCAGUCAUUGAGUUCCUCGAACUAGUGACUAUGUAACAAUCUUAGACACACAACUUGAGGGGUAGUGUUUGAAAUAAUGUAGAAUAACUCUGAAAUAUAAGGUUCCUUCGUAUAUUUCAAUGAUCAGUUGGGAGGUGUCAUUGGGGUCCUCGAAUUAGUUACGUAUGAGACAAGCUUGGCGCACAACUUGAAGGGUAGUACUAGUGUUAGAAAUAAUGUAAAUAGAAUAAUUCCGAAAUGAUUCUACGUAAUUAUUACAAUUGGGGUAAUUAUGAAUCCUUAUACUUUAUUAUGGCUCUUUGUAUAUGUAAUAUUUUCUGAUUUGUAAUUCAGACAUACAAACCCCAUCAUGUUUUUCAUCUCAAUUGAUGUCAUACCUGGUUAUAAAGUUCAUGUAGAAUUUUAUAUUGUCUAAUCCUCAUUCUUCAUGCAUUUCACUUCUUCAUUUUGCCUACUUAUUUUGCGCCUAUCAGCAUCAAAAGAGUACUCUUAUUUUCUUGCUUCCACACUGCCGACAUAUCAAUGUUUAAUAAUGGGAAAU